GUCCCCAAACAAACACUACUCACAAUCAUACAACUCAAUGAAAACUAGGGAGCAUCACUCGAAUUUGAUCUUAGGUAGUGGAUCAAAAGUGAACUUACAAUACCAACAAUAACAUGAGAGAAUACUAACCACAUCAAUAUGCAAGAACAUCAUGCAAUCCAACUAAAGCUUAAACCACUAACUAUGAAUUAGAGUCUCAAAACACAUAGGGUGAAGUUUUUCGAAAACUAUUUGAGCUUUUGAAUGCUUCUACCAUCAUUUGACAUACCCUUUAAGCACUUUUGCCUUCUAACAUACCAACACUUUGUUUCGAUUUUCUUACUUUUAUCAACACUAUAUUUUUCCUUUUCUUUUAGAGAGAGCUUUACUGAAACAUUAAACCUUUAUUAGUUGAGCAAGAGUAAUUUAUGUAUCUUUGCAUUUAUCAGGGUACUUCUUUUAACUCCUAUGCCUCAACGCGUGUGGAGGGUCAAUGAAAUUAAGUGGUAUCGGAAGAUUUACUCGUUCCCUUAAAAACACAUCCUCAAGUUGGUUAUCCAUUUGAUGAUGAAAAUUUUACUUGUACUAGAUAGGAACUAGCUUCGAACAGGGUCACUGAACAACCAUUAGUAUCUCUUCCAAAAUCAAUUUUGUGCAAUGAAGAGAUGUCUCACACGUUGGGCAUACCCCACACUUUAUUUUCUCAACAUAACAUGAUAAAUGUUUGAAGAUCAUGUCUUGAUAGGUAGAUUUUUCGCAUUUUUAGAAGAUACAGUCCACCCUGUGGAAAAAUACAUAUGAAAGUGAUAAUCUUUUACAUAAUCAGAAAUCUAUGAAUGAAUCGAAUAACGCAACAUUCAUGCAUAUAUCAAAUAAUCAUUAUAUCUCAUUGACUAUCACAUCCUUUAUACACUACACUAGCCUCCUUAGCUCAAGUGAUAUUUUCUAGACUCAUUGAUUCAAAGUAAGAUGAACGGUGAACAUGCUUAUAGGGAUAACUCUACAGUCAUUAGAUGGAAAGGAAAUCUUUGAAAUUAUCGAACAAAAUUAAUUCACAUAUAUAUCAUAACUACUAAUCUUGGAUCAAUUUUUGAAAUUUUUUGACUAAAUGUAUAGUGAUGUAAGCAAAUUGAAGUAGCACAUAACUCACAAUUUCACCUCACACUUUAAAAUGGACAUUUUCCUCAAUGGACUAAAUAAUCGUGACAAAUGAAAAACGUUGGAACGGGUUACAUCAUUUGUCAUACUAAUUUCGAAUGAAUUAUGGAGAAUAGCUAGUGCAAGUCCUCAAUUGCAUAGGAAGACUUGACAUCAGUUUUAAAACAAAAGAUAUAAAAUGGAUCAAAGCUGGUGGUUAUGAUACAGAUCAUUAUCCUAAAUAAAAGAAAAAUAACAUAGCUAAGAUCAACAAAUAAAUAGAGAUCUCUUAUUGAUGUCCACCACGUUAUGGUCCUUUCCUUGAGAAGAAGUUAUCAAACUUUUGACCAAACUCACUCAUCCAAUCAUGGCUCUACUACGGGUGUGCCUCUGUUUGUUGUCUCCAUGCUCGAGUCUCCUCUAACUCCUCUCUAUGAUCCUGCUCAAAGGCAUCCAAGUAUUGCUCAUUGUCUAGUAUGCAAGAAAGUUCUCUUGUCUCUGCACUACUUCUCUCAAGGAUGAUAUCUCAGCUCCAAAGUCCUUAUACUAUGGUGGUGGUGCUGAGGAAGAUGGGUCAAUUUUAUAUCUCUGCCGCUCAUAAAUUCUCUGAAGGUGCUCAACUGGAUUCCAUGCCCCGACCAAGGAACAGGGCUAGGACAAUCAUCCACGUCGAGUUCUACUCCAACUCCAGUCAGCCUCUCAACUCCGAAGAUGAAAGUUGGUUGUCUGUAUAUAUGUCCGUGUGUCGCCAUGGUAUUCCAGAGAGAAAAUCCAAACUUACCUUUGUGGGCAUCGAUGUAUUGGGAAAUGGUAUGAAUAUAGCCUCCUUCUGGAAGUACUCGAUGAGAAGAGAUGGAGGUGGAUCGAGUGAGACAAUCCACUACUCACCAAGUUGGGUGAAGCCACCAAUCAUGCACAAGUGCAUGAUAGAGCAUCAUGUCAUUGGAUGAGACCUUGCAUGCAUCGCCUCUUUGCCUCAUGUGAAAACCAGUUUGGUCAAAGUAAUGCAAGAACAUGAGAAAUGGUAAUCGAAUGGUUGUAAACUAGAAGUAAACUCGACAUGCUAGUUCUUUGUAAUCCUUCUCCACAAAGCUGUGAACAUCUCUUCAUGUGAGCUUCAUCCCAAUAGCCUCCCAGGCUAGCCUCGAAGAGAGGUCCUCUCGUGUGGUAUAGGGAAAUCCCUAGAUUCUGGUACAACUAUCAUAACUGUCAGUGAAGCGCCUCCCCACCAAUUAAUAGAUAAUGCAUAGCUGACUAGAGCUUCUCGAUGGUGAUACUAAGAGUCGUCUCAACUCGUACUGGUGAGAGGCAUCAACUUGAGCAUGAGACGUGCAAAUAUGAGCCCACAUCUCAGAUGCAGUGGAAAAACGACGAAGAGUAAGAGCAGCAAGAGGGCCAACGGAGAUAGUGAGCUAGGUGAUGAUCUGAGCAUUGCCAAAUCGCCCAAUCAUCAACAUCUUUGGCAAUAGCUGUCACGGCCGGUUUGGGUAAGGUACCAGUUAAGAGAGGUAGCAACCGCUUGCCUUAAAUAAAAUUACGGAACUGUAACUACCACAAUGCAAAUAAAUCACAAUGAACUCGCUCCAUCUGAACAAUUUUUUUCAAAAUUCGAGUUAAAAACUAAGGUGAUACAAGGGUGAAGAGUGGUAUGGAUGGUACAAAAAGAAAUUCUCAAAAUAGAUUGAUAAUUAAAUAUAAUUUUGUGGAUUACAACCAAUCUAUUUCAUUUGUGAAAAAAAUACAAAUUAAAACAAAGAAGAUAAAAAUUGAUUAAAACAUAAAAAAGAACUCUUUAAUCUCACAAUUUACGCUUCUUAGUUCUUAAGAGCUAAAAGGUGAUUAUACACCCUAUAAUCAUGUAACCAUCUCUUGGACUCACAUUACCCCACGCAAUGUAGUCAAAAUCGUGAUUUAAAACUUAAAAACUUACGGUUUUAUGCUUCUAGGUCACCAAAACGCUUUCGUUUCUAUGUAAAAACUUUAGUGUAUAAAAUCAUACUAAAUUGCGCUUUAAAACUUAAAAACUUACUCUUUUACGCUUCUAGUUCACUAAAACGCUUUACGUUUUUACGCUUUUACUUCACUGAAUGGGUAUUCUUUUCAUGAAAUUAAUUAUAAAAAGUAGAUUUUAAAAAUAAAUCACAGACAAUAUGAUACGUUUAAGAUUAAAAGAUACAUACUAGAUACUUUGAUGCAUUCUGAACUUCAAUAAAGUAAUCUAAUUGAC